ACAUUCAAUGUUCAUAUUCAUCGACUAACUCCCUCGUUUAUUUUCAUACGAUUCCUUUUUACAUCCCCGCUACCAUUUACAAUAUCAUACAAGACGAUGGCGAGUAAGAAGACCAGACAUGUCACGUUUACAUUGCCAUUUGAAGUCGACAACCGGACGGAAAAACUUCCAGUGAGUAAGGUGUCCAGACAUGCUGCGUGUAAAAUGCCGAUCGAAGUCGACGAACGACCAAAGAGACUCCCAGUGUCCAUAAGACUAGACCCAACAGUAGCUGGAAUUAUCGUUGAGGUGAGAAAGCUAAAGGAUGACGUUGCACAAGUGCAAAGGGAUUUGGCAGUGGAAACUGCAGCCAGAAAUGAAUUGCAUUUGUGCGUGGAACAGCUAAAGGUUGAUAAUGCCGAAACGAAACAAUUAAUGGCCCAGGCAGCCAAUGAUGUUCGCAAUCCGAAUAAUUCCGCGAAAACAUUGAAUCUACUGAUGAAAAAAUUACCAUGCAAAUCACUAGAUGAAUUGGAUUGGUUGUUAGCCUUUAUCGCCAACCGCAGUUUGCAAUGGACGGACUACAUUAAAUUGAUUGGGGGAACCGAUUUUAAUUCUGCCAUAAAAACGAUCUUUAAUACCGUAAUGGAGCGCUCGGUACAGAAACAAUUAUCUUGGACCGGUCUUCACAGCAAAAAGCCAAGCUUGAAAUUCAAAUACAAAAGAAUUGUUGACGGAAUUCAUGUUGCAAUGAAGGAGCAGUUUAAGGAUUACACGAUUGUUCGAGGAGAAGCAAAAAUGCAAAGUCUUCUGAAAAAUGCAGCUCAAAGCUCCUGA